AUGACGUCGCGAGAGCUGGGUAACUUCCCCGGUUCGCUUCGGUCAAGCAACCGUGAGUCGGCGUAUGUCUGCUUCAAACCGAUUGCUUGUUGCAUACUGUACUCAACGUUCACGUUCGGACGCCUUCAGAUUAUGGUGCGCUCGACAGAUACCGACCUUGGUGACUGGUCACACAUGACAGGCCCUCGGACAUUGCCCGUCUGGUCACGCGCGGGGCGGAGAUCUCGCAACAAUGAGGCAGCCCAGCGACACCUGGGCAAAACCAAAACCCAGGAAUCUGGGAAUCCGGGAGCCGAUUGGUGGGAAACGGGCAAACCAUCCGACAAGACUACUGUACCGUUCUGGCUCUCGUCAUAUGCUUGA